UUGUGGAUGUACUGGCAAAAAGAUCGAUAAAACAUGAAACAGUUGAUAUAAAAGUACCAUUAAGUAGAGUAGAGAUCAAAACCAUUAUAAAGGGACACGCGCAUAAAACAUGGCAGGAAUACUGGGACACAGCUGACACCGGACGACACCUAUAUACCAUACAAAAACAAGUAGGCAUGAGUGUGAGGCAGGGCAGAAACCCAAAGGUAGAGAUGAUAAUUACGCGUCUUAGAAUAGGUCAUGCUGGUUUAAAUCUAGCAUUAAACAGAAUAGGAAAACCCCCCACUGGACUCUGCACCCACUGCAGUACACAAGAGAUGGUAAAACACAUUCUGUUAGACUGCAAAAGGUAUGAGGAGGAAAGAACUGAGCUAUAGAUGGAGAUGCAAAACAAAACAUGACACUAGAGAACUUGCUGGGGAAAACAUCUGGGAAAAUGCACCACCCCCUAAUAAACUAUUUAAAAAUACUGGGAUAAGUGAGAGACUUUAGUAAUCUAGUAGGAAUAUCUACUAUAUAGCUAUUUAUCUCUUUAUUUUCUUUUAUUCAUGUAUUAUUGUUUUGGUAUUAUUUUAUUUUUAUUAUUAUUAUUUUUUGUUUGUUUUUCUUUUCCUGCCAAUCUACUGCUCACACUCCAGUCCAGUAGGUGGCGGUAAUGGACCUUUAGUGGUUUUCCAACCGCCAUUAAAACGAGAAGAAGAAGAAGAAGAAGAAGUUGUUUUCGCGCCGUGACCUGCAUGACGAAGCCAUGCUUUACACGUCUCAUUCUAGCGUUCAAUGCUGAGAAGUUUAGCCUUAGAAGCCUCAGGUGGACUGUUCUAGGAAUGACGUAGCCUUCCGUUUAAUACCAAAUUUGUAGUGAGCUAGAGUCUUUACCAGUGCCCGAACUCGUGUACACGAUAUACUGAUUCACGACUUAAUGAGCUAGGGAGCUUGUUGAGACAUACCCAAAGACUGCCUGGCUGGUGGGUGAGGGGCCUCAGUGUUGUUGUUGUUGUUGUUGUUGUUGUUGUUGUUGUUGUUGUUGUUGUUGUGGUGUUUUUUUUUUGUUGUUUUUUUAAGCCACAAGCUAGCCAGCUCUCUGUGAUGAGUGGUGUAUAUUUUCUCCGCAAAUAGCGAACUGUAUAAUUAAUUUUAUUUAUUACCUAGCGAAUGUAUUUGUCUUUUGAUUGAAGCAUAAUUCGUUUAAAGAUAAGAAGCGCUGUUUUGUUUAGUCCUGACGUUGUGAAACGUUCUUGAGCUCGGAUUUGAGGAGACCAUACCGAUUAGAAAUUCCAAGGUAGGAGUGCGGUUUCUUUGUUUUUCCUGGUCGGAGAUCGCGAAUUACUAGGUAAACUCUCUAGUCUAAUGCAGCAUAAAUGUUAUUUAAUCCAGAUUAGAGUAGUGGUAAUGUUGACUGUUAACAGAUCUUUCUGAAACUGUCUGCAGUGGUUUUAUAGUUGAUUUUGAGAGACAUGGGAAAGCGGUAUCACUGCGAUUACUGUGCUCGCAGCUUUCAAGACACGCUGCACAACAGAAAGAAACAUCUGAAUGGAGUCCAGCACCAUAGAGCCAAAAAAGCCUGGUUCGACAACUUCCGAGAUGCAGCUGCCAUUCUUCAGGAUGAGAGAGCAAAACAAGGAUGCAGAAAGUUUCUACAGACAGGUCAGUGUGUAUUUGGCCCAAGCUGCCGGUACUCACAUAUGUCUGAACAGGAUAUAAAGGAUUUGGAGCAACAUAUUCAUGAAGAAAGACAGCAGAUGGUGGAUUUGGACCAAGAGGAAGCCUCCGCUAAACCUUCACUAGAGGAGUGGCUGUCCAGGAGAGAGAAGAGGGCAGCUCCGUCAUCAGGAAGUGUUUUAAAACUGGAAGAGGAAAAAACAGCUAAAGGUAUUGAAGUUCCAACAUUUCUGCUUUCCAUCCCAGAUCUCCCUCCAUCACUUCUGCCCCUGCAUUCUGGAAGAUGGAGAGGCAAAGUCCAUACUGACUGGGGUUAAAAUCAACUUAGUGUGUAGAAUAUACACUUAAUAUGGCCAGAGGUUUGUAUACACCUGACCAUCACACCCCAAACUGUCCUUGAACAGCCCAUUCCAAAACCAAUGAAACGAAUUAAUGAAACAAAUUAAUAUGGACUUAGUCCCCCUUUUGCUUCUAUAACAGUCUCCAGUCUCUUUUAAAAAGGCUUUCCACUGGGUGUUGUGAUGUGGCUGUGCAGAUUUGUGCUCAUUCAGCCAUAAAAGCAUUAUUGAAGGGAGACUCGAAAAGGUCCGACAUGUAGUCAUUCCAGUUCACCCCAAAGGUGUUCGGUGGGGUUGAGGUCAGGGCUCUGUGAAGGCUAUUCAAAUUCUUACACGCUGACCUUGGCAAACCAUGACUUUAUGGAUCUUGCUUUGUGCAUAGAGGUGUUGUCAUCCUGGAACAGGUUUGGACCCCUUGGUUCCAGUGAAGGGAAAAAUUAAUGCUACAGAAUACAAAGACAUUGACAUUUUUCUGAUUCCAACUUAAUGCAAUAGUUUGGGGAAGGCCCAUUUAUUGGUAUUAAGGUCUGGUGUCCACAUACUUUGGCCAUAUAGUAUAUGAGUUUAUGUAUUCUUUUAUUACUCUUGUAUUAAAUAUUGUUUUUGUUUUUAAGCAGUGUGGUUGUUUUUUAAUAUUAUGUUGUAGUUCUGUCAUUCAAUGUAGUGCUAACUAGCUCUGUGGGUAAAAAUGAACAAAAAAGAGUAGGGCAUUUCAAAAAGUGAGUCCUUUUGCAGAUAUUUGUAGAACUGGGAGUGUCAGUAAUAGUUUAGUAGCAGUCUAACUGCUUUUAAUUUUAAAGUGCUUAUUACUAGUGUGUGCUGUGCAUUUAUUUUACCACGCAUGUCUAGUGAAUGGCAUUAACUGUCUUGCUCUAGGUCUCUGUCUAAAAUUUAAUUAAUAUAAAGUUAUGCACAAGAGUUUGUAGUCUAGCUGCUUUCACACUUGCUAGCUUAAUUGGUUAUUGUUUCAAGUGUAUUUGUUCAGUGGCCAUUGCCAAUCAAUUGCUUUUAUAUGCCUUGUUUAUCUGAUGGCUCUGAUUAAAAAUCCAAUGUAGAGGA